UGCAUAACUACCGGCCCCACUCGAAUUUUCUGUCGUCCUUUGUCAGCCCUUCGCCUUCCCUCACCACCCUGCUGCGCAUUCACGGUCGCCAAACACGUCCAAACCUCGACAUCCGCGCGUCUUGGGUGAUCCCGUUUCGCCCACAUAAUUGUGCAGCUGCAGCCCAUAUCUUAUCAUCCUUAACACCAAUCAACUUCAGAACAAACACAACAACAAUGUCCGACUACGGUGACCACGGUGACGAUGAUCGCGAGCCUAUCGACGAGCCCGCCUUCGAUGAGGACCCGGAUGAGUACUACGAGCCCGAACCCGAGCCCGCGGACGACGACGUAGCGGGCAGACCCGGCGAUGAAGUCGACGAAGCAGAGAAUGACAAUAACAUUGUCACGUCGGGUGACCCUAACGCGGCCGCCAACGCUGGCAAGGGCAAUGAGAAAUCCCAUAAGGACAAGAAGAUCCCCAACGACCAGCGUUCCACGACGCCCUACAUGACCAAGUACGAGAAGGCUCGUAUCCUCGGCACACGCGCUCUGCAGAUCAGGUGGGUUUCCAAAUCGGUGGCGCUUGGAAGACUGUAGGGAUGGACUUGGGCUGACAGGGAAUUGCGCUUUGUAGCAUGAACGCGCCAGUGCUGGUUGAUCUCGAGGGCGAGACGGAUCCUCUUCAGAUCGCCAUUAAGGAGCUGCGCGAGAAGAAGAUCCCUCUGAUUGUCCGUCGCUACAUGCCUGAUGGAUACUACGAGGACUGGACCUGCGAGG